AUGAGAACCAUCCUUCUGGUAGUCGCGUACAGCGCGCUGGGAUGGGCGGUUCCCGCACCAGCGCCGAUUCCAGAACCAACACCCGUUGCGAACGUAGUUCAGGAACGAGCCCCGGCGCCGACGGCCGCUCUGGCGCUGGACAGACGAGGACUAGGCGACGAUAUCAAGAGCUUCGUGGGUAGCUUGGCCAGCGAUGUCGAGAGCAAAGUGUCUUCCUUUGUAGAAUCGGGCAUCCUCAAUUUUCCAAACGGUUUUCCGACGGGUACCGCGGUGGAAAAGUCACUUGGUGUGUCGAGCACAGAGCUGGAUGCUCUACCUACCCAGGUCCUGAAUUUGCCCUCGUAUGGCAAUUGGACCAAUAACGGCUGGAGUCUCCGGAUUCACGGAAACGUGUACAAGAUCCCUAAUGUGUCACAGAGCAAGAUUGAUGAUCUCGCAAACGUCUUCUUGAUCGGCACGAGUGUCAAGGAUUUGAACGCCACGGAGCAAGCGCAGGCCCGGAAUGUCACCAAGUCGAUAUUCGUGGUACAACAAGGAAAUAGAAAGGUGACGAUGAACUUGAAGAACAACGUUGCUGUGCAAUCGAACGCGACGGGAGGCGCUGUCAAUGCUAAAGGCGGUGCGCAGACGAUUCACAUGCCUUAUAAUACGACUGUUGAAGGAGACUUUGACUCGUUCGUGACGCUUCAAAAUACGACGGGCCCAAAUGGAGACCACAUGGUACCUGGCAACGAAACGUCGAAAAUCCAGACACUUAAUGUCUAUACCGAGGGGACGGACUCGGGAAACGCCACUGCGUACUUGGUACCCCCGACUGGAUUGACCAUAAUUUCCGACAUUGAUGACAUUUUGCGUGUGACCAAGAUUUACCAACCCAAGGAAGGCUUGCUGAAUACAUUUGCUCGACCAUUUACUCCGUGGAUGAACAUGCCGAGUAUCUACGCCAAUUGGUCGGCGUCUAUUAGCAAUAUGCACUUUCACUACCUGACUACCACCCCGGAACAGGCGACGAGGAACUACAUGGACUUCAUAUACAAGACGUACCCUCUUGGAUCAUUUGAUACGAGGCCGUUGAACUUCUCAGAUGUCUCGGCAACACUGCAUAUUCGCCGGUUCUUGCUGGACAAGAUCUUUCGGACGUUUCCCAAGCGCAAGUUUGUCCUGGUGGCAGAUACAAGUAACCACGAUGUCAUGGUGGCUUAUCCACAACUGUUCAAAGACUAUCCUGGACAAGUGGCGUGCAUCUUUCUGCGAAACACUAGCGCUACAGAUUCUGGCGACAAGUUUCCAUAUGAUACCUCGGGCUUCAAAGGCAUCCCCCAGAACAACUACAUGUUCUUCAAGGUUCCUGAGGACUUGUCUCACCUCGAUGUUGAGAACGGCCACUGUCUCAACAGUACCAUACCUCAAAAUGUGACCUUUGGGGAGCAGGGCCUACCCCUGGGUCUCGGAGACAAGGACAGCUCGGCGGGUCGGAUCGGAGCUCCCAUGGCAUUGUUUGUAACGCUCGCGGCGUUGGUUUCGGCAAUAAUGGUCUAA